AUGAUCAUACUACAUGAGUAUCCCUUAUCUAUGGUUGACCACACUGGUUUUAGAAGAUUUGUGAGUGCACUUCAGCCAUUAUUCAAGAUGGUGACACGAAACACUAUUAGGAAGGACAUAGUGGAUGCAUAUAAGGAAGAAAGGAAGAAGGCCUUAGAAUACAUGGCUGGAUCUAAGUCAAGGGUGGCUAUUACCACAGAUAUGUGGACUUCUGACAACCAAAGGAGGGGAUACAUGGCAAUCACAGCACAUUUCAUUGAUGAUUCAUGGACACUUCGAAACAUAAUCAUGAGGUUCAUAUAUGUGCCCGCUCCACACACCUCAUAUGCUUAUCUUGUAUGGUGGACACCUAUGUUGUUGUUCUUUGUAUGUGCCUGUGAGGCUGUGAGCCUGUGA